AUGGAUGUCCUUGAAUUUUUCAUAGAGGACAUUGAACCUAGCAUCCUGUGUGUGUCUGAGCACUGGCUGAGAAAAGAGGAAGCUGAGUACUAUAGCAAUGUGGGGGAACUUGAUUUGGCAUGCAUCUACUCAAGGUGCUUUCAUAGAAAUGGUGGUGCAGCAAUUUUCUUAAAGAAAUCCGUCAAGUUUGAGCAGAUAGAUGUUCAAGAUUACUGUGAGGAACUCACAAUGGAGCUUGUAGCAGUUAGACUGUCAGAAAAUUCCAUCAUUGUGGUCUCCAUUUAUCGGUCUCCAGAUGGCGAUUUUGAGCAGUUCAUAGGGCGUCUGGAUGAUCUGCUGAAUGUUUUGACAGGGCAGCAUGGUUCAAGAGUGAUGAUUGGGGGAGAUUUUAACAUUCAUCUGGAGGUUCCAUCUAGAGAGAGAAAUGAUUUCUCUAACCUGCUACGAGGACAUGGACUUUUUGUUGCUAACCACCUUCCAACAAGAGAAACUGCAUGCUUGGACACAGUAGCCACAGACUUGGAAUCAUGGGAGUAUAGAGUUGAAGUCUUUGACCCCAUGGUAUCCGAUCACUGUGCAGUUGUUUUGACUAUGAAACAAGAUACUGGAGAUGAGCCCCCACAAACCUGGCACUCAAAUUACAGUUUCAGCAGCAGAAGUGUUAGAGAUGAACUUAUACCUUGUUUCUGCAGCAGGUUGAGCGAGAUAAAUUGGAAUGAGGUUAUCAGACUGGUCAAGCCUGAAUAUGCAUUUGAUAUGCUUAUUGCUGGGUACAUGAGCAUUUUUGACUUGGUUUUUCCAAAGGUGAUAAGAAAGGUGCCAAGGUGUACAAGCAGGGUUCCAUCACACUCAAAGGAUAGAUCUUGGUUCACUGAAGAUCUUGCCAGACAGAAGAACUUGGUGAUACUCCUACAUCACUUGUACAAAUCAGCAGUGUCCCCAGAGGAGAAAAUGGUAAAGCAUAGGCUCUAUGUGGGACAAAACAAAAUCUUCAGAGAAAUGGUUAGGCAGGCAAAGAAAGUAUACACUGCUAAUACCAUUGAAUUGGCUCCAAAUAGCUGUAAGGCAGCGUGGGAGGCCAUAAACAAACAUCGCCCCAAAAAGCCCAAAGUUAAAUCAAACAUCAGUCCAGACAAUUUCAAUGAUUACUUUGUGAAUGCUAUUGAGGAUGUUUUGAAGAAUCUAGAUGAAGCUGACAUGGACCCUGUGGAGAAUGUUACAAAUACAGUUCAUAAGAUGGAUGUAUGGAGAAGUAUCAAUGCGGAUAGAGUCAGAAACAUUGUCAGUGGCUUGAAAAACUCCAAAACACAGGAUAUAUUUGGCCUAUCCACUUCUGUCUUGAAAGAGACCAUUGAACAUGUAGCAGAACCAAUGGCUACAGCAGUUAACCACUGUUUGAGGUUGGGAGUAUUCCCAGACACACUGAAGCUGGCAAGAACACUACCAAUUCACAAGAAGGGAAAUACAGAGAUUCCAUCCAAUUUCAGGCCUAUUUCAAUAGUGCCAAUAAUGUCAAAAGUGAUUGAAACUGAGAUGAAGCUGCAACUUACCAACUUUUUGUGA